UCUUGAAUCCUAUCACAAGAAUAGGUGCUGAGGAAGCGCUCAAACCCUGAAGACAUGAAAUCAAUUAAAUAUAUUUUAAUAGUCGUUAUAUUACUUGUGUUUCUAUUAUACACAUUGAAUUGGAGUUUACUUAAUGUAACCGAUUAUCACAUCUCGACGUUACCAGCGAUGACCGACCGGAUCAAAGACCAACGCUUGAAGACCAGACAAAUAGACACAAACGAUGGAUUCAACAACCAGUCGAAUGCGAGACAAUACCUGAUCCUAUUGUGGACCAAAUACUACUUUACGGACGACUGGUCACAACUGGACUACAAGUCAAUCGGUUGUCAAUUCUCUAAUUGUCUUCUCAGCGAAGAUCAAUCUCUCGUGGAGUCGGCCGAUGCCGUAUUGUUCCACUGGCGGGACACCGAUCCACAGAGACUGCCCGCAAAGACUGUGGCGGCUGUGGCCAGAGGUCAGAAGUGGGUGCUCUUCAACUGGGAAUCGCCCGAACAUUCACGAGCCGGCGAACAUGGUGGACGCGAUGUUCACAGUCUCGUCAAUCACAUCGACUGGUUUAUGAAUUAUAGACGCGAUUCAGACAUUUACGUGCCGUACGGGUCGGUCACCAAAUGUGUUACAAAGUGGCAAAACGAGGAUCUCUUUGACGGCAAGAGUGCUUCCGUGGCGUGGAUUGUGUCCAACUGUCACACUCCUUGCAAUCGCGAGACGUAUGUCAACGAUCUUCGCAAACACAUCGAUAUCGAUAUCUUCGGAAAGUGUGGUCAACACGACUGUCCGCAAGACGGCACUUGUCUUUCGGCGAUCGUUAAGAAAUACAAGUUUUUCCUUUCAUUCGAGAAUUCGUUAUGUAAAGACUAUGUGACAGAAAAGUUGUUUAAAUACGCUUCAUAUGAUAUAAUACCUGUAGUGUACGGUUCGGCCGACUAUUCGCUAAUAAUGCCAAACAAUUCGUUUAUAAAUGUAAAAGACUUUAACACUACUGAGGAUUUGGCCAAAUAUCUUAAACUGGUCUCAAGUGAUAAGCAAUUGUAUAACUCGUAUAUGUUGUGGAAGAAGAGUUAUUGUUCACAAUUCGUUCGUUUCGAGUAUUUCUGUAAUUUGUGUCAAAAAUUGAAUGAAGACAGCGCUCGGAAGCCGACCAACCGCUGGAAUCGUACGAAUCUGAUUGAGUGGUAUACAGAUAGCAGCGAUUGCAGGCGACCCACGUUUAACAGUGGUUUUCGUCCCAUUGUUUUUUGCUCAAUGAAUGUCAUCGCUAUACUCAUUGUGUUUAUUUACUAUCAUCUUUUCGUUUAAUCUCUCUCUCUCUCUCUCUCUCUCUCUCUCUCUCUCUUAACUUCAAUUUAUUAAUUUCUGCUUUAAUUACAUUUUGCACAUUAAUUGUUUAUACAUGAUCUGAUAUUUUA